AUGGCGAGCUCGCGUCCGCCGAGCGAGGAGGACGUCCUCGCGUUCGCGGGCCGCCCGACGCCGUCCACCACCGCGCCGUCCUCCUCCUCGCGCGACGCCCCGAAGACCCUCGCGGAGCACCUCUGGAGGGACACGAACAGAGGAUGGCGCGGGCAGAAGAUGCAGUGGCGCGCGCCCGAAGACGCGAUCGGGAGCGACCCGCCGACGCAAGGGCACCUGCGCAACGUGCUCAAGACGCGACCGCCCGAGGACGCGGUGCUCGCGGCGGGGAGCGAAGGGGGCACUCUUCACCGUCCGCCGCCGGCGGCGAGGAAGGUGGUCGCGGACGCGCGCGAGGGCCGGGCGACGCCGCAUCGACGCCCGGUGUCGUCGCUCGUCGUCGCGCCGUUGCGUCGCGUCGCGAAAGACGCGCUCGCGCGCGGCGACCACGCGCGCGCCGCCGCCGCCGCCGCGCUCGUGCUGACCGUGACGAUGCGCGCGCGAGGGGGCGACGGCGGCGGCGCGAUCGCGAGCGCGGGGCAGCGCGCGCGCGCGAGGGGCGGGAGCCGCGAGACGAAGGAGGAGCACGCCGCGGCGGAGCGCGACGCCAUCGACGUCGCGUUGGCCGUCUUCCGCGCGACGAAGACGGAAGGAGGAGAAACGCCCGACGUUCAUGCGUUACAACCAUAUUCGCCACAUGCGCGUCGACCGCCGCCUGCGCCGGCGGUGCGACUGCCGCCGCCGCCGCGCGGAGCCGUCGCCGCGUCUGGGGGAUCGAGGGCGAUGACGACGUUCACCGCCGACGACGAGAUUCGACUGCUCGAGCUGAAACGCGCCGCGAGCGCGCGCGGCACGACGGAGAACGAAGACGACGUCGUGGCGGUCGCGCUGGCGUACGUCGCGCUGAAGGACGAUCCGGACCGCGCGAUCGCGGAGCUGACGCGCCGCGAGAGGCUCGCCGUGCGCAGGGGCGUCAGAGGCGGGGAUCAGUUCGUUCGGCAGGACACGCCGGCGCGGCGGCGCGCGAUGGCGCUGUGUCUGCACGCGAAAUACGUCAAGGAGACCAAGGCGGGCCGGGGCGCAGCAGACGACGCGCGAUUGACGCGCGCCGCGGACGACGCGCGGCUCGCGCUCGUGGACGCCUUCGAGGAGUGCCCCGACGCCGUGGACGUCGCGUCCGCGCUCGUGAAGAUGCUCGAGGCGCGCGGCGACGACGCGAUCGCGAGGGACGUCGCGGCGCGGUGCGCGGCGUGCGCGCCGGGUGAUUUGCACGCGCAGACGCGGCACGCGCGGCUGUGCGAGCGCGCGCGCGUCGCCGCGCUGGAGGCGUCGCUGGAGGCGGAGGACGCGGAGCGGCGGCUGAGGAGACGGUCGUUUACGACGUCGACGAUGUCGCGGUCGCGGUCAAAGUCAAAGUCGAAGUCGAAGUCGCGGACGGGGACGCCGCGCAGUCGCGCGUCGAGCGGCGACGGCAGCGACACCUCCAGCGACAGCAGCAGCAGCAGCGAGGAGGACGGCGGCGGCAGAGGGGGCUUAUUCAGCGGCAGCAGCGAGGACGAAGAAGACCUCGAGGAGGUGACCGCGGCGGCGAGGAAGCGGGCGAACGACGCCGCGGCCGCGGCGCCGUCCCCGGACGAGCUCGCGGCCGCGCACCUCGCGGUGUUGCGCCUGGACGCCCUCGACGUGACCUCGCUCGCGGGGCUGAUUCGCGCGCGGAACCUCGGCGCGAAGAAAGUCCGCGACCGCGUCGUGCUCGAGCGCGUCGCCGCGCGCGUGGACGCGUCUAUCGCGGCGGCGGAAAAAGUCGGCGUCGGCGCCGGCGCCGGCGACGACGCCGGGGCGUGGCGCGCGGUCGCGAUCGCCGUCGCCGGCGCCGCGGCGCCGUUCGCUUCCGCGACGGAGACGGACGACGUCUGCCACGAGCUGCUCAACGGCGCCGCCGACGGCGGCCUCCCUCUCGGGACGCCUCGCGACGCCGCGGCGGUGAUUCACCGAUCCGGGCGCGCGUCGUCGUGGACGCGCGCGGCGUCCACGACGGCGCUGAUGCGAGGAAGGCUCCGAGGACGACGACUGGCACUUCUCGACGGCACGCGCGACCGCGGCGGGCUGAGCGACGUCGAGAUGGACGCGCUCGUCGCGCGCGCCGCCGUCGCGGCGGCGGCGUUUCGCAGCCACGGGUUCGCGACGCGCGCGUGCGAUCGAGUGAAGUUGGAAGUCCGGAUGAAUCGCGACGCGCGCGCGAGGGAAGCGAAGGACGACGACCUUCCGCUCGCGCGGGUGGAGGCGAACGCCGCCGCGGAGGCGCGCGACGCGCGCGUGUUGAAGCUCGCGGGGAAGAUUAGAAGGUUGCGUGACUCGGAGAUCGCGCGCGCGGUGCAAGCCGCGGGGGAUCGGACGUCCGAACCGUCCCCGGACGCUGUCGUCGGGCUCGCGCUCGCGACGACGCGCCCGCGCGACGUCGUCGACGUGGACGAGGUCCUCGCGCGCGCGGCGGAGAGGCGCGCGAACGUCGUGGGCGACGCGAAAAAGCCCGGGCGGCCGAAGAAGAUGCGGAAGGCGGCGUCCGACGACGACGACGACGACGACGACGACGCGACCGCGACGACGAAGACGAAGAAAACGAAGAAGAUGAAGACGAAGACGACGACGACGACGAAAGACCCGGAGGACGCGAAGGCGCUCGCCGCGCUCGACGCCGCGCUCGCGGAGAGACCGCCGACGCGGACCGAGAUCGAGGCUGCGGUGAACGCCGAGCGUCGCCACCGCGCCGGGAAGACGCGCCGCGGCGCGCACCCGCUCGCGGACGCCGCCGCCGUCGGCCAGGCGGCGUCGUUGCUCGCGCGACGGAACGAGCUCUUCGCGCGGCAGCUCGACGCGUUGAAGCGCGCGAAUUCGCGCGAGGGCGUGCGGCUGAGCUGGUGGCGAGUUUCGAAGAUGAAGCGGCUCGAGGAGUGGAGGCGCGCGACGGAUGCGAUUCGAGAAGAAAACGCGCCGCUUCGCGACGGAUGGGAGCCGAGGGUGGAUUGGACGCCGCGGUACGUCGCGGACCCGGAGGCGAAGAGGCGCGCGCGCGAGGAGUCGAAAGCCGCCGGCGGCGCGCAGAAGAAGAAGAGGAAGAAGACGUCCAGCAGGGAGACGUCUCCGGAGACGGAGGAGGGCGCGGCGGCGGUCGAGACGCGAGCGCGAGCGAGAGCGCGACCGGGAUCGCCGCCGCGAAAGCCUCCGAAGAAGCGACGCAGGUGCGACGCGUGUAAGAAGACGAGCCGGUCGUCGAGCGCCAAGUGCGGCACCGCGCUCGCGCCGGGGACGUGCCUCUUCUUGCCGUCGCCCGACUCGCCGCCGAAUAAGAAGCUGAAGCUCACGACGUCGGCCGACCGAUGCGCCGCGUGCGCCGCGGCGAAGACGCUCACGAUGCACUGCGGCACGAAGCGCGCGGCGGAGGGGUGCGUCGCGCUCGCGAAACGUCUUCGCGCCAAGCUCCUGACGAAACCGGACGCGACCGUCGAGGACGUCGCGGAGACGCGCCCUUGGAACGCGCGCUGGGUUAAGCGCUGCGCGGGAUGCCGCGCCGCGGGGAUCGCGCACGCGCUGUGCGGGACGAAUCGCGCGGCGGGCGCGUGCGCGCGUCGCGAGCCGCCCGCGGAGACGCGUUGCGUCGCGUGUCUGAUGCAUUGGAAGGGCGCGCGGUCGAGGCGGCGGUGCGGGACGAAGGACGCGCCGGCGUUUUGUCUGUUUCAGCCCGCGUUCGUUGGGGCCCAGGGGGCGGGGGGGGGGGCGCGCGGGGAGGUGGGCGAGACGCCGGCGACGGGAGUCGCGUGAUAGGGAGCGGUGGGGGUAUUUGGACGGAAGGACGGGGGUGGCGUAGGUACAACUGUAGAAGAAUGUAGACGAGGAACUCACAAGUG